UCCGAAAUUGAUUAACAAUCUGCAAGCUAAUUUUUAUUUCUAAUCUCUUAUAACCGCCAAUCUUAAAACGUGCGCAAAUUUGAUAAUUUUGCGUAUAAAUACCCAUGCAAAUAUAUCAUUAUUUAUAAUUCUUCGAGAGCUUUUUUGUUACUAUACACUAUCAACCAUGAAGAUUGCGUUCGUCGAUAUCCAGGGAUUUAUCGUUGAAGGUAUUUACCACCCUAAGGAAAUGUCUAUAGAAAUUGGGUUUAAGCAGUACCAUUUUCUAUUUACAUCGGCAAUUCCGUAUAACAACCUGGAUGAAAUGGACCGAAAGACAGUGAGAUACCUGGAAAGAAAUGUCCAUGGAAUCCAGUAUACGUCAGGGUUUGUCGACCACGGACAGGUAAACAAAAUAUUAGAAUCAAACUUGCUAUAUUCUGCAAACUAUGUUUACGUCCGUGGUAACCAGAAGGCGGAAUUUUUGCAACGAAAGUGCCAUGAACUAGGACACUAUCCAGUAAUUAUUGACGUGUCUCAAUAUGACGAUACCAUCCAAGCGACACCCAAAUUUGAAAGGACCCAGGAUUAUUGUGCCAACCACGACAAUGGGCGAUUCAAUUGCACUCAGGAGAAUGUAGGGAUUUUACGGUGUUGGUUUCUGAAUACGAUCCUGCCUAAAUAACACCAAAAAAAUCUAAUUUUUAGGUAAAGUUACAUUGUUAUAUUGUUACAUUUGUU